AAAGUUCAUAGUAAAGAACGCUAUUGACGACAACGAUAUCUGCCACACGCACAGCACGCGCUUUCGCUCCCCGCAACGUAAGGCCGCACUCGACACACAGCCCCCGUGUUCAUUGCACCUCCCCAAAGCAGUGCUUCCGCUUUCUCAAGUUUCCUCCCCACGCUUGAGUCUUCGUUCUUGUCGUAACUAGUCUCACUUGGCGAUUCAGUUCUGCCAGGCUACAGGCUCGCUCCUUUACUCUGUCCUUCGUUUCCCCCUCGAAAGGCAGGACUUCCUCCCCGACCGACCCCCCACCCAGAACCGGUUGAGCUCCCGUGGCCCCGUCCGCGCUUGUGCUCCCGACCCUCCCCCCCCCCUCUGCGAAGCAUCAGGACUGAGAUUCAGUUCUCGCUCUCUGGGCCUUGCACCUCCCCCCCCCUCCCUCCUCUCCUUCCGGCUGUCCCUCUGAGUCCUUCCACGACUCGGUGCCUGCAUCGCGACGGUAGUAGAAGCACGAUCAACGUAAGUACAUCCCAGCCACACACACACCUCCCCCAGGUGCCAUGGCCUCGGCCUCUUGAUCUGCCCUUCUCGCGUGGGCGCGCGCACGCGCCUCCCCCCCCGCUCCUCGCCCUCCCGCUCCCUCUUCAUGCUCUCCACCUUCUCCACUCGUCGCGGUCAUCUUGCUGCCUCCCUUUCCGAAUGCUCCUCUUCCAUUGGUUGAGUCCUGCCGCACUGUUUCCCUCUUCCCGAGCAUGGCAGAUGAUGAUCCAAUGGCGAGUGGUGUCCGUGUGUUGAGCAUGCAUGAUGGAGGCGGCGUGCCAGUGGGAGGGGGAGCGCGUCGCGCGCCCUCCCUCCGUUGCCUUUUUGCUUCCCCAUUUGCUCCACCCUCCUCAAUGUCUCGUGCUUGUCGGUGUCCGGACAAAGGCCCGCGUCUCCUGCCUUCUGAGGUGCUCAAAUGCGUGUAUUCAUGCAUUUGCACACCCCUCCGCAUCGGCGUGUGUGUGUGCGUGUGCGUGUGCCCUUCCCCCCCCCCUCCUUCCCCCGCUCGUCAUAUGUCCUCCCUCCUCCCAUAACCCGUCGUGUGUCUCCUCGGCGCCUGGGCGCCUGGGCGAUCUUGGGUGCUUGUAGUACGCACUCUUCCUGCUCCUUUUGUCCCUCACCGGACACGGGGUGAUUCCUCUCGUUGUCGGCGAUCAGCAUAUCAUAUUCUGGUCGCCAGGCAUGCUGGAGUAUGGAACGGCGCGUGUGCAUGCUUCUCCCACACACGUGGGAGCGACAGGAUAUGUACGAGCGGGGGAGGGGGGUGGGCGAGCCGGGGGGACAAGUCAUGGCCACCUGGCGCGUCAUGCGGCCACCGGUGUGCCUCUACUUUUCACAUGCGAGCACUCUCUCCAGGCAGGCGGACGCGCCCUCCUUUCUCUCGACACAGGCGGCCAAGGCAAAAGAGGGACAGCCUCCCUUUUUUGCCCUCCCCAUCCUCCCUCGCUCCUCCUCUCUCUCUCUCUCUCUCUCCUCGCCUCAGCUGUCGGUGUCUCCCGUUCUUCGUGGAUUCCGCCUAUGCAGUGGGAUCUGGCGAGAGAGAGAGGGGCGGGGGGCGGCCAGGAGCGCUUGGGGCUGAUGUUUGCCCCUUCCCGCGGAUGUGUCUUUCUCGAUGGUGUGCCUGCCUCUCUUUGCCCUCCAGGGGGGAAGGGCGAGCAGCGUGCCAUGCGUGUGUGUGCGAAGACCUCCCGGGCGUGUGGGAGCACCUCUCAUCAGAUGCGCCCUCUGUGCAGAUGCACCGUGUUCAUGCAUGGCCCAUACACACAUGGAGGGGAGGGUCCUUGUCGGACGGACACUCUCACAUCCGCAGGUACACGCGUUGGAGGCGACGAGCUUGUUCGGUGGCGACGGCGCAGAGUAUUGUUCUGGGGCCACAGCGGCAUAUCCUUCAUCCCGUUUUCUCCUCCUUCACACCAUCCCCGGCUCCUCCCUUUGCGGGGGGGGGGGACGGGGCCAUGGGCGAGGGGGGCGGAUCGGGCAUGGCGGCAGAGACGGAGCCUCCUACCGACCGGGGGAAGGAUGCACGGAGAGAGAGAGAGAGAGAGCGAGAGAUAGAUAGACACACAUCCCCACGGGCGGCGGCCAGUGAGGAGAGAGGGAAAUGGGGGUUUUGCAGGCCAAGUCGCAUCUUCCUUUCGUUGCCUGCCCCUCUCUCCUCCCUGCUGCCUCCCCCCCCCUGCGAUGUGAUUCCAUCCUUCUCCCUCUCUCUCUCUCUUGCCUUCCUUUUGCUCCUGUCUCUGUGGCCCUGCUUGUGUUCCCUUUCAAGGCGUGCGGCGGCCGGGCGCAAGUCAGUCCUCAUGCGCCCCUCCGUGCAAGCAAGUCCCUUCUCGUGUGUUGCCCACACCAGGUCUUUGGCUUGAUGUGCACACGUUUGCAUGCGUGUGUGUGUGUGUGUA